AUGUUUAGCGAGCACGCUCUUAUCUAUUCUGCCAAAAUAAAUCGAUUGCAGUCGGAGAAGGAGCGUUCAUGUUGUCGAUCCACUGUACACCAAAUCAUUGAAUACGCUGAAUACGCUGGAAACAAUCAUGGAGAUUAUGGUGACCUGUGCCCAAUUGUAUUGGACAGCGACUUUCUGUGUGAUUUUUCUGGGGCCCCGAAAGAUGCACCUAACAAUGCAGUAGCAGCCAUCCUCAAAAGUUUUCAUGCAGUGGGAAGAGGUCUUAAGUUUGACGCAGGAUACGACGACGGAAUUAUGAAGAUUGUACUUAGUUCGGGGGAUUGUUCGUGCACUCUGGCCAGUAGAGAAUGCCCCUAG